UGACAGUUCUGAAAGGAGCUUUGGGGCAGCCUGCUAUAAAACGCCUCUCCCCAGAGUAGAGGGGCCAGAGGAGUAAAGCUAGUCAUUCAGAUUGGAACCUAUCAGAUCCUCACUUGUUCUUGACGGAGUAUUUCAACAGAUCGUUUCGUGUUGCGUUAUACUACAGACGGGACCAUGAUGAUCCCAAGCGUCCUUGCGCCUAAUGCGAUGUACCCAGGCCUUUACCGCCCCUCCGCCUCCAUGCCGCUCCAACGGUCUCUGCAGAACGCGUUUCCAACCCACUCCAGCUUUCUAGUGGAGGACCUGCUGCGGAUAAGCAGGCCGGCGGAGUACCACUUCAGCCGGACGCUCCCCUCAGCAAGCGUCUCCCCGGCGACAACCACCACAACCAUGUCCUUCAGUGCCAUGCCACAGGAGCGCAUCGUCUCUCCAACUGCCUCGACGCGUGAAUCAUGCUCUCCGAAAACGUCACAACCGAGUAGUAAAGACCCAACUUAUCUUAAAUUUGGAGUCAGCGCAAUCCUGGCCCCAUCACCAAAGACCGCAUCGUUGCCCCCCGCCAUCCACCACAGUAUGCACCCCAAGGCCUUCUCUCUCCCCUACUUCGACGGAUCCUUUCACCCCGCCUUCUUCCGGUCGACAUAUUUCCCAGCAUCUUCAUCGGUCGUGCCCAUCCCAGGGACCUUCUCUUGGCCACUGGCCAACAGAGGGAAGCCGAGGAGAGGGAUGCUCCGACGGGCAGUGUUCUCUGACGUGCAGCGCAAAGCUCUGGAGAAGAUGUUCCAGAAACAGAAAUACAUCAGCAAACCAGACAGGAAGAAGCUGGCCUCAAAGCUCGGUCUCAAAGACUCGCAGGUUAAAAUCUGGUUCCAGAACCGCAGAAUGAAGUGGAGGAACUCUAAAGAGAGGGAGCUCCUGUCUUCAGGAGGUUGUCGCGAGCAGACCCUGCCCACCAAAACGAACCCACACCCAGACCUCAGCGACGUCGGCAAGAAGUCCUCGGCAGAGGAGGACGAGAUGGAAGAGAACCCAUUCGGCGCUAGAGGCGCGCCUGGCCUUUGCCAUUCCCCCGCAGCGGGGCACGAGCUGUCCAACAGCGGCGGAUCGAACCUCUCGUCGCCAUCUCUCUCCAGCAAGCACUCGGAAUUCUCAGAAUCAGAUGAAGAAGAGAUCACAGUUUCUUAAUUGAUUUAUUAAAACUCAGAUAUGUUUAUAAAAUGGUUAUCCACAGGUUAACUGUACCUAUGUGACCAUGUUUGCAAGAGUCUGUAUCCCUUAAUUUAGACCCAACUACUAAGAAAUGUAUUUAUUUCAUAUUCCACAAUAUUUUCAAACAAUGAACUUCUGUCAAAUCAAUUUAGGCUACAUCCAUGAUUAUUUCUUUUAAAAAUAACUGCAGGGUUUAUUUUAUAGAAAGGGCCGGCUCUAGCCUUCUGGGGGGCCCUAAGGGAGAUUGUUGGGGGGCCCCCACCAAGAGGGCAAUUUUUUUUAGUGGCUCCCCUCUUGACAGCAGCGUUUUAAAGUGCAUUUCCUUUAAUUCUACACAUUUUGACAUGUGGUGAAUGGAAAAUGUUGCAGUUAUAAAGUUUUCAGCAGGUCUACACACUUUGCCAUGGUGUGGAGAGAAAAUAUUGACAUUUUAUAAUAAUGUCAUUAAAUUCUACUCAUUUUUGCCAUGACAUGUCAUGUUAAUGAUAGCUGAGUGAGAGUGAUUAAAGGGGCCCUGGGCUUGGUCGGAAUUCGGCCAUGAUUUUCUACAAGUUUAGAUGACUGGCUAGACUAACUUACCAAUCUAAAAAUUGUUUGCAGGAAUGGCUAAUUGAGUGACUGACAAAACAAGAGAAGAGCUGCUGAUGCACAACCAAAUUUCAAACUUGCACCUUGUGUAUUCUACUAUUCUAACUCUCAACAGUAAGUUGAGAACCUGACCGAGUUCAAAUAAAUUAUAUAGUGGGCCCAAGUGGCCCUUAAACGACCGCUUAUAUCGCUUAUGCCUGGAGCCGUCCCUGUUUAUCGGAUAUACUUAGAAAUGAUUUGCUGUUUUGCACAGCUCUUUCAAUUGUACAGUAUUUUGUACAACUAUUUGUAUGGAGAUUUUAUGCCAAGAAAAUGGAGUUACCUGGACUUAACAGUUUUUAUUGAAAAGUGUAGACAUUUCGUGCGUAAUUUAUACGGAUUUGUUAAUUCAAUGUAUUGUGUGUGUGUGUGUGUAUAUAUAUAUAUAUGUGUGUUAAUAUUUCACUAUGUUUGUUAUUUCAAUGUAUUGUGUGUGUAUAUGUGUUAAUAUUUCACUAUGUUUUGUACAAAUACCAAAUAAAAUGUAACAGCUA